GGGAUAGCAGCAGCCAGUUCACAAGUAACUGUUUUGCUUUGCAAUCAGUAGUUUUCAAGGGAGCUUUUAAAGCUGAGCUGAAAUAUUUGAAAUGUGGAACACUCUUGACCAUGAAAUAUGUUCUACUUACAUGCUUCAGCCUUUAAAAGUUCUUUGCAUUACAGUCAGGGAUUACAUUCUUCCUGGAGCCAAGCAUGGGGCCAGCUGUACACAAGCCACACUUCUCCUCGGGGAAGCUGAUAGGAGUUUAAACGGUUUGUCGUGGCGAGCGUCGGAAACAUUCCCAACUUCAUCACCAACCCUUUACACUUCCACCUUUACUCUACCCACUGGAGACCACUUAUAUACCUAAGCAGAGGCGACAGCUGAAUUCAGGAAACCAUGCAUCAUGUCAGCAGGAACCAACUGCAGACUUUAAAGUCUGCUCAACAUGUGGAUGCAGCAGAGAAAUGACCUGUCCAGACAAGCCAGGGCAACUCAUAAACUGGUUCAUCUGCUCCCUGUGCGUCCCGCGGGUGCGUAAACUCUGGAGCAGCCGGCGCCCAAGGACCCGGAGGAACCUCCUGCUGGGCACUGCCUGCGCCAUCUACUUGGGCUUUCUGGUGAGCCAGGUGGGACGUGCCUCUCUCCAGCAAGGAAGGGCAGCCGAAAAGGGGCCGCACCGGGGUCGUGACACCGUCGAGGCGCCCUUCCCUGAGAUACCCUUGGAUGGUACCCUGGCCCCUCCAGAGUUCCAGGGCAAUGGGACCACGCUGCAGCUCAACGUGGUGUACAUUACCCUACGCUCCAAGCGCAGCAAGCCUGCCAAUAUCCGUGGCACAGUGAAACCCAAACGCAGAAAGAAGUAUGCAGUGGCAUCUCCGGCCCUGGGGCAGGAGGCUUUGGUUGGGCCAUCCCUUCAGCCACAGGAAGCUGCAAGGGCAGCUGAUGCUGAAGUGCAGGGAGGAAACCUGGGCAAGGUUGGGGAACGACCCUGGAGGUUGAUACGGGGUUCAGGGGUGCAGGUUGGUGGCUCAGAUUUUCAGCGGCCCGAGACCAGGGAGAGCAACAUCAGGAUCUACAGCGAGAGCGCCCCCUCGUGGCUGAGCAAAGAAGACAUCCUCAGAAUGCGCCUGUUGGCGGAUGGUGCCGUGGCCGGUCUUCACCCAAUUUCCUCUAAGAGCGGAGCCCGCUUGCUGGUGCUGGAGGGGAGCGCCGCUGGCUCUGUGCCUGGCUGCGGCCCCAGCCCCUGUGGACUGCUCAAGCAGCCCUUGGACAUGAGUGAGGUGUUCGCCUUCCACCUGGACAGGAUCCUUGGGCUCAACAGGACCCUGCCGUCUGUGAGCAGGAAAUCAGAGUUCAUCCAAGAUGGCCGCCCAUGUCCUGUCAUUCUCUGGGACUCAUCUUUAUCUCCAACAAGUAAUGAAACUCACUCUUCUGUUAAGCUCACCUGGGGAACUUACCAACAGUCAUUGAAACAGAAGUGCUGGCAGAAUGGUCGAGUACCCAAACCUGAAUGGGGUUGUACUGAAAUACAUCAUCAUGAGUGGUCUAAGCUGGCACUCUUUGAUUUUUUGUUACAGAUUUAUAAUCGCUUAGAUAUAAAUUGCUGUGGAUUCAGACCUCGAAAGGAAGAUGCCUGUGUACAGAAUGGACUGAGGCCAAAGUGUGACAACCAAGAUUCUGUGGCUCUAGCACACGUUAUCCAGCGAAAGCAUGACCCAAGGCAUUUGGUCUUUAUAGACAACAAGGGUUUCUUUGACAGAAGCGAAGAUAACUUAAACUUCAAAUUGUUAGAAGGCAUCAAAGAGUUUCCCGAAUCUGCAGUUUCUGUUUUGAAGAGCCAGCACUUGCGGCAGAAACUCCUUCAGUCCCUGUUUCUUGAUAAAGUUUAUUGGGAAAGUCAAGGAGGUAGACAAGGAAUUGAAAAGCUUAUUGAUGUAAUAGAACAGAGAGCCAAAAUCCUUCUCACCUACAUCAACGCACAUGGGGCCAAAGUAUUACCUAUGAAUGAAUAAUGAAAGGAUCUUCUGGCUAGAAUACUAGAUAUAUUUAUGCAUUUGGUUUUGUUUUGUUUUGUUUUGAAAUCAGGUACACAAACCUCAAGUCCUUUUAGGAAUGAGGCAGCGUGGAGGAAUACAUAAAAGAAAUGAAUUUGACCAAGUGUAUAUGAUGGAUCUGAGCUCUAUAAGCAGGCUUAAAACCUUUUAAAAAACAUACUGUUCAAAAAAUAUUUGUUUAUAUUUUUCUCUAACAUCACAUCAUAGGAGUCUCAACAUCUGGUUACAGAUGGCCGCAAUUAUUAUUCCAGUUAGCUUUGUCAUGCCAUUUAAUGGAACAGCGUAAACCAGAGGAGCGGACUCCUUUAACAAGGCAUAUUUUAUGCCAUAUUGACUGGUCUGACUGAGUACUGAUAGGAAUGGCUCUUGAUAUUCUUUGGUUGCUGAUUGUUAAAACAGGGCAGCCUCAAUAUGACCCAGAGGCGAUUCUACAUUGGAAACCUGAGGCUGCCAUCUGCAAAAAACAUCAGGGUAUGCGAUAAUUCUACAUAGAAAUGGUGGGUUAUUUGCAAAAGCACCAGUAUAUAUUUUAUUUUAUCUAUAAAUGAUCAGCCAUCUCUGAUUCUGAGCAGCAAGAAUCACAUUUUCCAUUUUUUAAGUAAAUUUAUUUUGUUUUCAAUAUAGAAAUCAUCCAAAUCUGACGGUUUAUAUAUUAGGUAGUUUUUCUUUCUCAGUUUGAGUCCAGUUUAUGUCUAGUGGCUUAGAAAUUAAAUAAUUUUAAGGUACAAGUUACCUAUUUGAAAAUAUUAUUUUAGAAUGCCUUUUUUAAUGGAUGCUCUUUUGAAAAAUUUUGUCAUUUUUACAGUGGAUACACUAUAGUUUUUGUAUAUUUUAUAAAUAAUAGUGGAUUUCUUCAGAUUUGUUCUAAUUAUACUUAGACUGAUUUAAUUGAUCUUGCUCAGAUAUUGACAAUAGAACCAGAUAUCGAAUGUAUUUAAAUAUAUUGUUUGGCUUAUUCUAAUAUGAGAAAUAUGAACAAAAUAAAUUAAAACCUGACUCUUUUCAAUUCUCCUCAAUGACUAGAACUAACAGUGAAUUUGGAUACUAUUCAGGCUCAAAUAAUUCUCCCCAAACUCCCUCUACCUUCAUUUUAAUUAGGCAUAGGGACGUGGACAUAUAGUUUUCAUGUGUUGGGUCUUUGUGUUUUGGCAAGAUACCAUUGCAUUUUCUGUGUCCUAAUCAAGGGCAACUUAAUAUCACCAUAAAUUAGAACUAUUAAAGGCAUUAAAAUGAAGACUGUUUUUUUAAAUAUAACUAUAUAUUCCAAUUUAUACAAACGUGUCGAGGCAAAAUGUCAAAACAACAUGGUAACUACAAGAGGUAGUUACCUUGGUAAGGCCAAGGAGAGAGGGGUCAUUUGAUUAUCUAAUUAUAACUUUUCUAGGCUCACAUUCAUGUACUGUUUUCUAGCAUCCUUAUUUGCUAGGCUGACCUUUGGAGAAGUGGUCUUCAGACCAUUCUUUUCUUCCAUUAUCCCUCUCUACACCUCUGAGUUCCUCCCUCUGAUUCUACGCAAUCAGCAAACUCUGACUCUCCUGAGUCUCCUCUUUUACCUGUUGUAUUUGGGCUUUUUAAGUCCCCCUUUCCCUCAUUAAUCAGUAUAUUACUAAAAAAAAUUGGCCUAACAAAAGUUUGGCAACCCAGGUUUUAUAUUGAGCCAUUGACUUGAAAUAACUAUUUGUGAGGUUGCCUUAUACCUUGCCUUAUCAAGCUGGCAUGUUUGCAUUUUCAUAUGCUUUUUAUGGAAUAUAUCAUCUUUAUCUAAAUUUGUGAAAUUAAUGGUGAGAAUUCCCAUAUCCUCAGAAAUGAGCUUUAAUUUUGUGUCUCAAGCUACACUGCUUUUGGGCAGCCGGGUUCACUCUUACGUGGAUCCAGCUUUCCUUAUUUCCCUCCAGUUAUUCUGACAUGCUUAAUAUUAAAUGAAAGUUCCGGGAACACAUGUUUAUUUUAGUCACCUUUGCUUUUUAACAAUGUAUUUUGUGCUAUAAUCAGUGAAUAAUUCAUGCUGCAUUAUUUUUGAAUAAUGGAUAGCUGCAGCACCAGGCUUUUAAUUUUAAGUAAUGCUCUUUUCUCUUACUGAAACAAUGAGAGUACCCUGAGCCUUUCAAAUGCACUCAGAUUAUGCUGUGGUUUGGUUCACGUAAGCAUAUUAUGUGGUUUAUUUAUAACUUGAUAAAUUUAAAAUAAAACAAUUUACCUUGGCAGACAUGCAAAAGCUGAUUGUUGUGUGAUUUAUUUUCUUUAAGCUGAUAAUAUGCAAAUAAAUGCAUAUCUGAAAAAUCUAUAAUAAAAAUAUUAGAAAUUAAAGAUGU